CGGCCGAGGGGCGGGACUCCACUUCCCAGCAGGCUCCAGGCGGCGGGCGCCGCGGUGCCUUGUGUGGGAUGUAAGCGCGGAGGCCGCCGCCCGCCGCCAUGGGGCUGAAGGCCGCCCAGAAGACGCUGUUCCCUCUGCGCUCCAUCGACGACGUGGUGCGCCUGUUCGCUGCUGAGCUGGGCCGAGAGGAACCGGACCUGGUACUCCUCUCCUUGGUACUGGGCUUCGUGGAGCAUUUCCUGGCUGUCAACCGCGUCAUUCCCACCAACGUGCCCGAGCUCACCUUCCAGCCCAGCCCCGCGCCCGACCCUCCUGGCGGCCUCACCUACUUUCCCGUGGCCGACCUAUCUAUCAUCGCCGCCCUCUAUGCCCGCUUCACCGCCCAGAUCCGCGGCGCCGUGGACUUGUCCCUCUACCCACGAGAGGGAGGCGUCUCCAGCCGCGAGCUGGUGAAGAAGGUCUCCGAUGUCAUAUGGAACAGCCUCAGCCGCUCCUACUUCAAGGACCGGGCCCACAUCCAGUCUCUCUUCAGCUUCAUUACAGGCACCAAAUUGGACAGCUCCGGGGUGGCCUUUGCUGUGGUGGGGGCCUGCCAGGCCCUGGGUCUCCGGGAUGUCCACCUGGCCCUGUCUGAGGAUCAUGCCUGGGUAGUGUUUGGGCCCAAUGGGGAGCAGACAGCUGAGGUCACCUGGCACGGCAAGGGCAACGAAGACCGCAGGGGCCAGACAGUCAACGCGGGUGUGGCUGAGCGGAGCUGGCUGUAUCUUAAAGGAUCAUACAUGCGCUGUGACCGAAAGAUGGAAGUGGCAUUUAUGGUGUGUGCUAUCAACCCUUCCAUUGACCUGCACACUGACUCCCUGGAGCUGCUGCAGCUGCAGCAGAAGCUGCUCUGGCUGCUCUAUGACCUGGGACAUCUGGAAAGGUACCCCAUGGCGCUAGGGAACCUGGCAGAUCUGGAGGAGCUGGAGCCCACCCCCGGCCGGCCAGACCCACUCACCCUCUACCACAAGGGCAUUGCCUCAGCCAAGACUUACUACCGGGAUGAACACAUCUACCCCUACAUGUACCUGGCCGGCUACCACUGUCGCAACCGCAAUGUGCGUGAAGCCCUGCAGGCCUGGGCCGACACAGCCACUGUCAUCCAGGACUACAACUACUGCCGGGAAGAUGAGGAGAUCUACAAGGAGUUCUUUGAAGUGGCCAAUGACGUCAUUCCCAACCUGCUGAAGGAGGCAGCCAGCUUGCUGGAGGCAGGCGAGGAGCGGCCAGGGGAGCAGACUCAGGGCACCCAGAGCCAGGGUUCUGCCCUCCAGGACCCUGAGUGCUUUGCCCACCUGCUGCGAUUCUACGAUGGCAUCUGCAAAUGGGAGGAGGGCAGCCCCACGCCGGUACUGCACGUGGGCUGGGCCACCUUCCUUGUGCAGUCCCUAGGCCGUUUCGAGGGACAGGUGCGACAGAAGGUGCACAUAGUGAGCCGUGAGGCCGAGGCGGCCGAGGCCGAGGAGCUGUGGGGUGAGGAAUCCCGGGAAGGCCGGCGGCGGGGCCCGCGGCGGGAGUCCAAGCCAGAGGAGCCGCCGCCGCCCAAGAAACCCGCGCUGGAUAAGGGCCCCGGUGCGGGCCAGAGUGCGGUGGCGGGACCUCCCCGGAAGCCCCCAGGGACGGUCCCGGGCACUGCCCGAGGCCCUGAAGGCGGCAACACAGCUCAGGCGCCAGCUCCCGCAGCGUCCCCGCCGCCGGAGGGUCCGGUGCUCACUUUCCAGAGCGAGAAGAUGAAGGGCAUGAAGGAGCUGCUGGUGGCCACCAAGAUCAACUCCAGCGCCAUCAAGCUGCAACUCACGGCGCAGUCGCAAGUGCAGAUGAAGAAGCAGAAGGUGUCCACACCCAGCGACUACACUCUUUCUUUCCUCAAGCGACAGCGCAAGGGCCUCUGAACUACCGGGACUUCUUAACAGCCCACGGGGACCCAGGCCCCUCACUCAGUCCGUAUGGAGGCUCCACCCCAGCUCCCUUACCCCAGGCCCCGGGCUUCGUCCCCAGCCCAAGGGGAUCUAGGCAGGGCCUCCAGCCAGGGACCAGGCCCCGCCUCUACCUGGUCCCGGAAGUACAGACUAGUAAACCCCAACCCCGAACCUAGCUCCAGCUCAGAACCGAGGCCCUACCCGGGUCAUUAAAAUAUAGGCCCCACCUUCCGUAAUCCCAGCCGGCCAAUGGAAACCUCACCCCAAGUCCGGAUCACCAAUCUUUAAAGGUCCAGCCCCUGGAAACUCAGGCCCACUUCGGAACGAAGGCGCUAACCGGGGCCAGGCCGGUGUUGCUCAGGGCUGCUCCCAGGUCAUGGGGCCUGAGAUUUCACCCUUAACCCAAGGAACACAGGUCCCACCUCCAGCCCGGGAAUCUAGGACCCCACUCAGACCCUAGAAGUACAUUUCCGCACUUCAGAAUUCCAUUCCUUGGGGGUCCAAGCUUCCUAUCCGAGAGAAAAGCCCUGCUUCCAGAAUUUGGAAAUCCUAGCUUCGUCUCUUCCGCGUCCCAAAACUCCGGGGCACGAAGCUCCGCCCCCAGCAUGUGAAUGCUGAGCCCCGCCCUUUCCUGACCGAACUGGCCACGAUCAGAGCAGGACCUCUCCCGACCCUCUGGGAACCUCCCCUAGGUCCAGCCCAUCUCAGGGGACCUCGGAGGAAAUCUGCACGGGGUGGGGUGCGGGUGAGGGGAACCUGAUCUCUUCCUGUU